CAUUUAACAACGUUUCGCCUCUUUUUUGCUCGACUGCUUCUCUCUCUUUCCCACGCGCACUGCAAAUUCAUGGUGGGUUACUAAGUUCUGACUAGUUCAAUCGCCACCCCAACCCGACAUUUGACAGACAACCCUUGGAUCCAACCCCAGAUCACAUACAAAACCGAAAGAUGUCCCAUCGAUCCUUCUCCAUCCUAAAACGGGUUAUCACUCACCACCCGAAUUCCUCUCAUCUCCUAUCCUCCCAAAGAUCCGUAACCUACAUGCCCCGUCCAGGAGAUGGGGCGCCCCGACCCGUUACCCUUAUUCCAGGUGAUGGCAUCGGGCCCUUGGUGACUGGCGCCGUUGAACAGGUGAUGGAGGCUAUGCACGCGCCGGUUCACUUCGAGAAGUAUGAGGUACACGGCGACAUGAAGCAGGUUCCCCAAGAAGUUUUGGAUUCCAUCAGGAAGAACAAGGUGUGCUUGAAGGGCGGCCUCAUGACCCCUGUAGGCGGUGGCGUGAACUCUCUUAAUAUGCAGCUCAGGAAAGAGCUUGAUCUUUACGCUUCCCUCGUCAAUUGCUUUAAUCUACCAGGGCUCCCUACACGCCAUGAGAAUGUUGAUAUAGCAGUUGUUCGGGAGAAUACUGAAGGGGAAUACUCGGGACUAGAGCAUGAGGUGGUUCCCGGUGUUGUCGAAAGCCUCAAGGUGAUAACAAAGUUUUGUUCUGAGCGCAUUGCAAAAUAUGCUUUUGAGUAUGCUUAUUUAAACGGCAGAAAGAAAGUGACAGCUGUGCACAAAGCCAAUAUCAUGAAGCUUGCCGAUGGUUUAUUUUUAGAAUCUUGUCGAGAGGUUGCCACAAAAUAUCCUGGGAUCAAGUACAAUGAGAUUAUUGUGGAUAACUGCUGCAUGCAACUGGUUUCCAGGCCUGAGCAAUUCGAUGUCAUGGUGACACCAAAUCUCUAUGGCAAUCUGGUUGCAAAUACAGCUGCUGGUAUAGCUGGUGGCACUGGAGUUAUGCCUGGAGGGAAUGCUGGGGCUGACUAUGCUGUUUUUGAGCAAGGUGCUUCGGCUGGGAAUGUGGGGAACACAAACUUGGUGGAGCAAAGGAGAGCAAACCCAAUUGCCCUUCUUCUCUCUUCGGCUAUGAUGCUGAGACAUCUCCAAUUUCCAUCAUUUGCUGAUCGUUUAGAGACUGCCGUAAAACAUGUUAUCUCAGAGGGAAAAUAUAGGACGAAAGACCUGGGUGGAGAUAGCACCACUCAACAAGUUGUUGAUGCAGUUGUAGCAGCUCUAGACUGAUGGACAGCAAUCCACCCAUGUUUUACUUCACUUUUUAUUUUAUAGCAGUCGUCCGGCAGCACCAAAGAUCCCCCUGCUGUCUAUUUUUAUCCGAAGAAAUUGUAAUUGCUCUACUUUUUGUUUACAUUUCGCUCACUGCAGUUGAUUUAUUCCCAAUUUUCGCUGGCACUGAUUCGCUUGCUAGAAACUGGUGAAAGAAAUAAAGCUGGGAAAAUAAAAUUGUUCUGCCAUUUGUUUCCUGUAGAA